AUGGAGCAGCGGCUGCGGGUGCUCCAAGCUCUGGCUUCCAGUCCAAUGCUGGCUCCCACGCUCGGGCCUCUCUGCAGCCCAGCAGGCUCGCCGACCUCCCACCUAGCGUGUUUGCACACGGACCACCAGGCUGAGAGAUGUCACGUGCAACAUACUCAAGCUGCUCAGGAUGGGAGUCCUCUGGCCUCCAGUUCUGCCCCUCCAGAGGCUGUCUCUGAGCAGAGAACCAGGAGGAGUCUCGUUCCUGCAGCCGCCCAGGACAGCAGCGCCCUGGCCUCCAAUCCCACCUCCUCGGAAGUCGUCUCCAAGCUGAAGUCCUGGAAGAAGCGCAGUCAGAGGAGGAACAUGUGGACCGUCACUCAUGUUGAGGGAACGAAACUCAGGUUCAGCAAGAGAAGAUCCAGUUAUCGUGCAGAAGACCAAGAGGCCUUCUACCGGCUUCUGGAGGACCCUGUUAUCCAGAGCUUCUUGAAAGCUGAUAGUUUCCUGCAAGUGUCUGACAAGUACCUGCUCUCCAUGGUGGUGGAGUACUUCGGCCGUGUCGGGCUGCCUGGUCACCUCUACAACAGGAUCCACUUCUUCCUGGCCCUCUACAUCGCCUCCGACAUGGAGGAGGACAACCCCACGGCCAAGCAGAGCAUCUUCCCGUUCCUGCUGGGCAGAGAGCACUGGCAGCACCUCUACAAGAAGUUCCUCCAGCUGAAGGUGGAAUUCUUCUGUGCCAUGGAGUACCGAGCCUGGGUCACCCGGGAAUUGUGUGAGGAGAUCCAGGCCCAGAACCCACAUCACUGGGUCUGGAGUCGGGUGCGCCCUGGCGCCCCCUAG